AUGGAAAUUCCCGAAGGAACAACAACAACAUCAACAACAACCACACCAACUGCUGCUGACGACGACAAAAAGUACGUCUAUUCGGUGUGGGCAAGUCCACCAGAAGAUGUGGCGGCGAGGCUGAAGAAGUUGAUGGACGGACUCAGAUCGGAGUUUGGUGGGCCCCAGUUCCAGCCACACGUGACGGUUGUGGGGGCCAUUAGUUUAACGGAGCAAGAUGCGUUGGGGAAGUUUAAUUCUGCUUGUGAUGGGCUCCAGGCUUAUAAUGCUACCGUUGAUCGAGUGGCUACUGGGACUUUCUUUUAUCAGUGUGUUUAUUUGCUACUUCAUCCUACGGCUGAGGUGGUGGAAGCUAGUGCACAUUGUACUGAACGUUUUGGGUACAAGAAUUUUACUCCUUACAUGCCACAUGUCAGUCUCCUUUAUGGCGAUCUGACGGAUGAUGAGAAGAAAAAGGCCCAAGAAAAAGUAAGUAUUCUUGAUGAUAGUAUCAACGAUCUAAGCUUCCCAAUAACUCGCCUUGCAUUGUGGAAAACAGACACUCAGGACUUGACUCUGAAAUCAUGGGAGAAGAUUGCAGAAUGCAGCCUUAGCCCCAAAUAA